AAAAAAAAGAAAAAGAAAAAUUACAAGAAAAAAAAAAUUGUUGAAUUGACGAGUCGACUUAAUAGCAAUUUUUAUUCCUAUCUGUUCUGCUUUUGAUCGCCAGCCAUGUCACAAUUUCUUCUUAAAGCACUGAAAAGGGCACCACCCGGUCUUGUUCGCGCCACCUCAAGGAAAUGCAGAUGGGCAUCGUCGUCAUCGGCAUCGGCAUCGUCAUCCACAUCACCCCGCAAGCAUGCAUUUCCAACCAUUGAAGCAUGCCCUCCGCCAACAUGUUCCUGUCAGUCAACACCUGCCAUGGCAGAAGGUUUUGAGAUUGAUUACGGGACGAAACUCAACGGCCUGAUGCCGGCGUACCAGCAGCACGUGUUGGUCUGCACGGGCAAGGACGACUGGCCGUCCAAGAUUGAGGACGAGGACGGCGGCGACAAUUUAGCGGCCGACCUGCGAGCCUUCUUUGGCCGCGGCGGAAGUCUGAGCGAUCCUUAUCACAACGUUUCAGUUCUCAAUGCUUCUUUCCAAUCCUCGGGGAGGGCGGGAACAUCUAUUCUCCUACUGCCAGACUUCAAGCUUGUGCCGUCUGUAGAAAGGGGCUCCUCGUCUGAGCAGCUCGAAGCUCUGGCACAGGGGUAUCUGCUGCCGGAGAAGCUUCACAGAGCACACGAUGCGAUGUCUCCUGAACAUCGAGAGAACCUUGUCCGAAAACCAGAGCUCCAGCGGCUUGUCCGGGACGUCCGAGGUUUUGAUGAUAUCCUCGUGCUCAUUUGUGGUCACGGAGGUCGGGAUCAGCGCUGUGGUAUCUACGGCCCACUUUUGAGGGCGGAGUUUGAAAAUGCUCUACCACGACUUGGUGUCGAUGUGCUCACUGGUCCGGUGGAUAAGUUGAGUGAUGACGGUGUAAACAAGAAGCCCUCUUCGAGGGUUGGCCUGAUCAGUCACAUUGGCGGCCACAAGUUUGCCGGCAAUGUGAUCAUCUAUCUUCCGCCUAGCUUGCAGACUAAUGAGGGACAACCGCAUCCGCUGGCAGGUCAUGGUAUCUGGUAUGGAAGAGUUGAGCCUAAGCAUGUGGAGGGAAUCAUCCACGAGACGAUUCGGAAGGGAAACGUAAUCGAGGAGCAUUUCCGAGGUGGUAUCACGCCCUCUCGCGACAUUCUACAGAAGGAGACCCAACAACCAAACAAAGAUGCAGAUCCUGCAACAGCAACAAACCAACCAUUCGGGGAAGUUAAGGCCGCUGCCGACCCGACGGCAAAGUCACCACCACCACCACCUCCUUCUCCUCCUCCACCACCAGAAGUGGAACCCAUAUCAUGGUUGCAGAUAGUAUUGGUCACUUUGGGAGUAGGCGGCACCCUCACCGGCUUCUACUACUGGGCAAAGCAGCAAUGCGGACCACUCUCACUGGCCCAGUACCUCUUCACCGGCAGGGAGCUCAACACGACGACCUUUGUCCCCUUCACCGUCGUGUCCAAGGAAGUCCUGACCGACAAUAGCUUCAUCAUCACCCUCCGCCCGCGCCGCCGCCACAUCCGCACCGUCGCCUCGCCCUGGCGCGGCCCGACCCUGGCCUGGCUGUCGUCCCUGUCCCCCUGGCGCGGCGGCGGCGAGGGUCGGCUCGUUGACCUGCAGCUGCGCGAGCACAGCAACUUUGACGUCUACGACCGCGCCUGGCGUCACGGCCUCUGGGCCGUCGAGGUCAAGCAGCCCCAGCUGCAGAUCGUGCGCGAGUACACCCCGCUGCCGCCCUACUGGACCGAGACCGAGGACCAGCGCCAGGCGGAGCGCGCCGCCGGCGAGAUCAGGCUCUACGUCCGCAACGUCGGCGAGGUCUCCAACUACCUGGCCCGCAAGCGGCCCGGUUCCAUCGUCGAGCUGCGCGGCCCGUACCUGGGCUUUGACGUUGCUGAGCGCCUCGGCGAUGCUGCGGACAAGGCGGUUGUGUUCCUGGCCGGCGGCACGGGCAUCGCGCCCGCCAUGCAGGUCGCUCACAGGCUGCUGGAUGGGGAUAGGUAUGCGGAUAAAGAAAAGCCUCUAGCGAAGCCCGAAGUUCAGAUAACCUGGGCGAAUCGCGUCAAGGCCGACAUCGCACAGAGGUCUUCGAUCAUGCACCAGCUCGCCGGGAUGAGGAAGCGACACGGGAAGAAGCUGGGCCUAGAGUGCGUGGUGGACGAGGAGAAGAAGUUCAUCGACGAGGGCAUCGUGGGCGAGGCCAUCUCUGCGAGGAAGUCAGGACCAGCACAGGAUGGCGAGGCAUGCCCCUAUCACUCCAGCCUGUUGCUUCAGCAUACUACCACCGACUCACCUGCUGGAGAAGGUCCCGGCUGUCGGUGCGAGGGCUCAUCUAAGGGUCGGAACCUGUUGUUCGUUUCUGGACCCGACGGAUUCAUCAAUCACUUGGCUGGAGAGAAGCUUUGGCGUGAUGGCAUGCUACUGCAGGGUCCGGUCGGUGGGUUGUUGGGAAAGAUUAAGAACAAAUACCCGGACCAGUUUAAAGACUGGCUCGUGCUGAAGCUGUAA